UGUGUGUGUGUGUGUGUGUGUGAGAUUUCCUGCAAACAGAACUUAGACAAUCAGUCUGAAAGACAUGUCUGCUGUGAGGAAGACAACCAGAGACCUGACACCUGAUGAAGAACUUCAUGAGCAGGCUGAAAUCAUUACACACCAGCUUAAAGAGGGUCUGACUGUGAGCAGAUCCCUUAACAAAGUUCUGGAUGUGGGUUCUGGUGAUCUUCAAAAUGCUGGAUUGAAGCCCAUAACCUUUGUCAGACAGGUCAUUGCUGGAUGUUUGUAUCCCAGUCUUCUUCAUGGUGAUGAUUUUCCACCUGAUGUUCGAAUGAGAGCACAAACGCUGCUGGAUCAGUGUGAUGGAGGCAGCAUUGGUUCAUACACAGCUUCAUGUGGACUGACGUAUCUGAGAAGCACCGUGGCGAAGUUCAUUACUCUCCGAGAUGGCGGCAUCCCGUCCAGUCCAGAAAACAUCUUCAUCACCUGUGGAUCCCAAAGAGGAUUAAUGGUCAUGAUGAGAUUACUGUGUCAGUCAGAGGGUUUGACAGCGCUUCUGAUCCCAGACCCCGCCCCUCACACCCUGACUCGCAUCCUUGAGAGGGUGGGCGUGGUUCCGGUGCCCUAUCGACUACAAGAACAGAGUGGGUGGAGCCUAGAGAGGGCGGAGCUAAAACAAGUCAUCCAGACUUGCAGAAAGCACUGCUGUCCACGAGCAAUUUAUAUAAGUAACCCUGGAAACCCUACAGGCCACAUUCAGAGCAGAGAAUCUAUCCAGGACGUCAUCCGAUUCGCUGCUGAAGAAAAUCUUUUUUUGUUGGUAGACGAGGGAAGUAUUUUAUUCUGGCUACUAUUGGUUUAUCAGAACACAGUUUUUGCAGAUGGUAAAGAGUUUGUGUCGUAUAAAAGGGUUCUUGCGGAGAUGGGUGACCUUUAUUCUGACCAAAUACAACUGGCUUCUUUUCAUUCACUGUCCAAUGGCAUCAUAGCAGAGUGUGGUUUAAGGGCCGGUUACAUGGAAUUGAUCAAUGUUGAUCAAGUGUUACUGUCAUACACUGAAGUUCUUCUGACGGGGGAUAUAAACACCCCUGUUACUGGUCAAAUCGCUCUUGAUGUAAUGCUUGAUCCGCCCUGUCCUGGAGAGACCUCCUAUGAUUUAUACAGACAGGAGGUGUCGUCCAGGCUGAACACACUGAAGUUAAAUAUGUCAAGAGCUGUGAAGUUCAUUAAUGAUUUACCAGGAUUCACCUGCCCAUCAGUUCACAGUGGCAUCUUCAUAUAUCCUCACCUGAGUCUGUCUCACAUAACAGACACACACUCACAGAAAGCUACAAUAAAAGCCAAGGCUGGGUUGUGUUACUGCAGGAGACUGCUGGAGGAUCAGUGUGUGUGUGUUGGGUUCAGUGAAUGCUGGAAUAAAGAUCACACAAACACACAACAGUCCUGCUGUUACCUCAGGAUCUGUGUGAUGAUGUCAUCAGAUGAUCUGGAGGAUUUUCUCUGUCGUCUUCAAACUUUCCACCUUAAGUUUCUCCAUGAAUGCUGAAUCUUAGUAGUAAUUUACUGAUCUCCAGCAGAACAUAUCAGUAACAUAAAUUAAUUUAGAAAUAUACACUCACCUAAAGGAUUAUUAGGAACACCAUACUAAUACUGUGUUUGACCCCCUUUUGCCUUCAGAACUGCCUUAAUUCUACGUGCCAUUGAUUCAACAAGGUGCUGAAAGCAUUCUUUAGAAAUGUUGGCCCAUAUUGAUAGGAUAACAUCUUGCAGUUGAUGGAGAUUUGUGGGAUGCACAUCCAGGGCACGAAGCUCCCGUUCCACCACAUCCCAAAGAUGCUCUAUUAGGUUGAGAUCUGGUGACUGUGGGGGCCAUUUUAGUACAGUGAACUCAUUGUCAUGUUCAAGAAACCAAUUUGAAAUUAUUCCAGCUUUGUGACAUGGUGCAUUAUCCUGCUGGAAGUAGCCAUCAUAAAGGGAUGGACAUGGUCAGAAACAAUGCUCAGGUAGGCCGUGGCAUUUAAAUGAUGCCCAAUUGGCACUAAGGGGCCUAAAGUGUGCCAAGAAAUCAUCCCCCACACCAUUACACCACCACCACCAGCCUGCACAUUGAUAACAAGGCAUGAUGG